AUGGAAGUUAUAUGUAGUUCUUCUAUUUCAAUGAUUCUUGGUUUGUCCGAAAAUACCCCAAAGCCUCGCCCGUCGCCGAACUUGUCGAGAUUCGGAGCUUUCUAUAUUCUUCGAAAUCGAACGGCACGUAAAGCGGAGGGUUUUGACAAUCCACAAGCUCCGACAAGACUUCGACCUUCCCGAAAAUUGUCGUGUUCGUAUACCUUGCCGACAUCUCCAACGUUAACGACAAGACUUCCGGGCAGGGGAUCAACGGAAAUAAGCUCACCGGUUGAAUUAUCCACAGCCUCUAAGCCGUUAACAUCAUCAUCGUCGUGUAAUAUCGUGAAUAAUCCGGCGUCCGAGUGCAAGACGGCUCCGGUUUUGCCAACAGUUUCAGGGCUGGCAUAUGCCUCUUUGGAAAGGGCAACCAGACAAGCCAAGGCCUUCUAG